AUCUGUUUAUGUCUGACCAAGUCUGAUCAAAACAAAAACAAAGGAUAUAAACCUCUAAUUUUUUGUAUUUUUUGGCCUUGUUUCAAGAUAUUUUACCAUUCCUACUGCAGAUAGUAUCUCAAGCUCGCCUUGGUGUGCAUCAAUGGGUUAAUUUUAGCGUUUUAACAUGUUGAUAAACAAUGAAAGUUGUGACAAGACUUAAAUACAGAUGUCCGCGAUUAUCUUGGUAUUCAAUAGCAGUGCUCGGGAGAUUUCUGAGUGCACAGUGUCAUUACCAAGUACUAGAUGUGCCUAAAUCUGCAUCGCAGGAAGAGAUCAAGAAAGCAUUUUUUGAGAAAUCUAAGAAGUUUCAUCCAGAUGUCAGUCCAGGAAAUCCACAUCAUCAUAACAUAUUUGUCAAGCUAAACAACGCCUACAGUAUUCUUGGGGACAAAUCCAAAAGAAAGGAUUAUGAUCGAAGUUUAUUACCAAAACAGAAGAUUUAUAGUAAUCAGAGUACUGGUAGUGAAAGUUUGCAUCGAUACAGAGAUGGUUCUUUUUACUAUGCUGGAGAUUUUAGACAUGAUUUUUCCAACAAUGCCAAGUACUCUGCAAGUGAACGACCAAAGAAUUAUAAAGUAGCCCUGGGAAUAAUUAUAUUGAUGACCACUGGUGUGGCUGUUCGUUUAAUGUGGAUUUGGUAUAGACACAAGCAAUAUAAGAAACAGUUGGAUAUUAACAGUAUGAAGGCUAGUAAAUUAUACCAAGAAUCAAGGGAAAGAUCCAGUAAAUACACCAUGAAGGAACAGAUGGAAAGACUAAUGGAGAAACAAGGCAAACUUACUGCAAGAGAUCGCGACAUUUAAAAAAUUGUCCAGAAUAUCUUGACAAUUCAAAUAUUGUAAAUAAAAAAAAUACUUUUUAUGUGUGGAA